GUCAAAAGUGCCUUGCCUCUUCGAGUAUAUACCAGGUAGGUACCUAGGUAGGUACCUACCUAACCUACGUAUCAUAUUUCAUGACCUCACUUGCAUGUAGCCGCCCGCGCAAACGAGAUUCAGGCGUUGAAUGCUCGAUUUCAACUAUGCUUUGGCCUCAAAAUACCAGGACUACCAGCCUUGAAAACCAUUCGGGCCUCAAUCAAACCAAUACGUACCUGAAUCCUACUUUCUUUUGAUCCUUAGGCAGUGGCAUUUAAGUACUCGAGACACUCCAUAAUCUCGCCCAUUUCAUAACCACAUUCACAAAACUCAUAACACCUCAUACAUUAAAGUACCGCUCAACUUCACCAAUUCCUCGACAAGCCUAAUUACACAGUAACGCCCUCCAAAAUGGGCAACAUGGUGGAGAGUACUCCGUUCGAGGAGAAGCCAAGCCUCGGAAACCUCUCCAUUCUUACCAAAGUCGAUAAGCUGCGCGAGCUUAUUGGAACCAAAGUUGCUCUACCUCAGCUCGUAGUUGUGGGAGAUCAGUCCUCAGGAAAGAGUUCCGUCCUUGAAGGUCUGACCAAUUUCGGGUUUCCUCGUGAUGCAGAGCUCUGCACACGAUACGCUACCCAGAUAACAUGUCGCCGUGAGAAAGAAGAAAUUAUAAACGUCUCCAUCAUUCCUCACGAUGAAGCAUCCGCUGGUGAGCAGGCGCGCAUCAAGAAGUUUUAUCGCAGCCUAAAAGCCAUGACCCCCGAAAGCCUGGCUGAGGUAUUCACAGAGGCAAAUGAAGUGAUGGGAAUAAAAAGCUCUACAAAGGCUACAUUGCCUGAUGGCACUACUCUUCCAGCAUUUAGCGAACAUAUACUCAAGAUCGAGAAGCUCGGUCCAGAUGAGAACCACUUCACUGUUAUCGAUGUCCCUGGCAUAUUUCGAAAAGAAACUGAAGGCAUCACCACAGAGGCAGAUAUAGAGCUUGUGAGGAACAUGGUGAAGAAGUACAUGAAGGAUCCAAGAACCAUUAUAUUGGCGAUAAUGCCCAGUAACGUUGAUCCUGCUACUCAGGAAAUUCUCAAGUUGGCCAAGGAGGCAGACCCCUUGAUGACUCGUACUAUGGCCGUUCUUACCAAGCCGGACCUAGCAAUCGAAAGAGUUAUGCAGCAGAUUGCUAUCGACCACGUUAAUGGCAAGAGGGGUGACCUCGUGCUUGGAUAUUACAUUGUCAAGAAUCGCGGUCCUGAUGACGCCCAUAAGACACUUAAACAGGGCCAAGCCGACGAGAAAAAGUUCUUCUCUGAGUCGCCCUGGUCAUCACUCCGAAAUACGGAAAGGGCGGGUAUGGAAGCGUUGAAGAAGCGUGUUCGUGACCUCCUUACUGAGCUUAUCAAGAAGGAGUUCCCAAAACUUAAAACCGAUGUCGCGAGGGAGUUAUCGACGCUAAAAUCAGAUCUCAACAAGAUGGGUCCAUCGAGAGAUCACCAAGACGCGCAGAGGGCGUAUCUGAACAAAAUAUGCCAGUCAUUCCAGGCCCUAGUUCGGGACGCUUUGAACGCAUACUAUGCUGGCAACAAGAUAUUUGCGGAAAGGCAUGAUCUUAGGCUCAUUACACGCAUUGUCGAAAUGAAUGAAAUCUAUUCAGAUACCAUGUUGGCGCAUGGGCACACCAGACCUUUUUCAUCCGACUCAAUACCUAAGGAAGAGACCGUCUCUAGAAUAAGCACGCCAGUGGGCAGUGCUGACCGCGCUCGCAGGGCCCCUAAGCCCGAUGACGGCACCUACCCCGAACUCGAAGAGAUCCUCGAUGAUUCUCUGGAGGUGAUAGAAGACGUUAGCGAUGAAGAUGAUAUCAUGGAUUAUAUUGCGAGAGUCUACCGUGAUAGUCGUGGUCAAGACCUUGGAACAUUCAGCAAUGCUCUUGUGUCAACUAUGUUCAAAGAGCAAUCUAAGAACUGGAAGAAUAUUACGCUGGAUUACGUGAAGCGAGUUAUUUGGAUCGUCCACCAUUUCAUCUUCGAGGCAAUCAAAGAAUCUUGCCCUGACGAACGCGUCCGUGACGAGCUGUGGAAUGGAUUCCUUCUGGAAGAGCUUCAGAAAGCCUACCGCGAAGCCAUUAGUCGCGUGAUGUUUCUACUCGAAGUUGAGCACGAUGGCCAGCCCCUAACGCUCAAUCACUAUUUCAAUGACGCCCUCCAACGGGCCCAGAGCGGUCGUCUGGUAGACGCUAUUAAAGAGCUCGGAUCAGAAACAUCUAUCCGCGCGCCAGAAGGGAGCACUAACAAGUAUGAAAAUGGCAUAUUCCUAACCCACGCACAAUUGCAUAAUCUGUCCUUCAAUAUGGCGAACUCGGAACAUGUUCAGGAGUAUAUGCAUGAUAUACUUAAGAGCUACUACAAGGUCUCCCGCAAGCGGUUCGUCGAUGUAGUCUGCCAGCAGGUUGUGAACUACGAUUUAUUGCACGGCAAAUGCAACCCGUUGAAGAUAUUCAACACGGAAAUGGUACUGGAGCUCACCGAUGAGCAACUAGACGCGAUCGCGGCAGAGGACAUACCCGUUAAGCGACGAAGAGAGAAGCUUGAGCGGGACAUCAGUAGCUUCCAGGAGGCUUGGAAAGUUCUGAAAGGCUCAGGCUGAAUAAGAUAGGAAGGAGUUCAUGAAUAAGAGGGCAUAGGUUUACGUCGGCCUCAGGAUUCUCUUUUUGUAGUGUCUUGAGUAGUCCGGAUAGGCGGCGAAUAAGGUGUUUGUGUAGGCAGUACUGUACUGCACUCUACUUGGGCUGUUUUCUGUUGCAUUAAGCUAAGAUAGCUUAGAAGUAUCAUGAUAGAUCCUCUACUUCUCUAUUUAUUUGACUGAAAAUCCUAAUAAAUUAACGAGGAGGCAUUUCACAAGGGACUUUAUAUGAGGUUAACCUGAC